GCUGCUGCUGCCAUUAUUUCCCACCGCGAGCGCCGGGGGUGAAGCGGUAGGACGUGGAUCCAUGAGUGCCGAGCCUUGGGCGAAAUCAGAGCAGGACAUGAGAGACAGGCGAGCACGUGUGACGGGAAGUGAGAUAUGGGCAGGGCAUCGGGCAGGUGGUCAGAGGGGAAAUGCGGGUGCGGUGUGCGGGAUGGUGGGGUGAUGUGCGUGUGCAGCGUGGCGAUGCCACUGUCGCAGCGAGGCCAAGGCGAAAAACGGGGUUGCCGCGAUGGAGCGGACGGAGGAUGGCCAGAGGUAGAAGGGCAGCCUGUUGUUGCUGAUGGAGGGGAGCAGACGAAGGAGGAGAUGCCUGGGUGUGCCGCUGGAUCCUGUAGUCAGGCCCGCCAAUGCCGAUCCUUUGGGAGCGAGGUCCAGACAGCUGCGCGCGCAACGGCCGCCAGCCAGCCAGCCAGCCAACCCGCCAGCCAGUCAACCCAGCAAACCCUACUCGCCACACGUAAGAGCAAAGUAAGUUAACGUUUCACGUGCAGGCAGGCGCAGUGGUUCGAGCUGGUCGCGUGGCGCUUUCUUUUUCCGGAAUCCGGAUCGGCGAGGG